ACUCAUUCUGAUCCAUUGUGCACAGAAGACGGUGCCAGUGGAUCACAUGACCUUGCUGGGGAGAGCUAACACAAAAUGCCCUCUUUCUUCACUGGACUGGCAAAUGACAAAUUGUCCUUUUCCAUUUUGUUAUAAUUACGCCACUUACUCAAAUGCAGAGGUGGCAAAAGUAGUCUUUUCACAUUUUCUUUGUUUACCACCUGUGAUGCUAAGGUACCUCUUUGAGUCAACACCACGUUACUCGAAAACCUUUUAAAUCAAAGGUGAGCAGUCAUAUGACCCAAGUAAAAAAAAAAAAAAGACAGUAUUUUUAAAGCAUGUUUAUGUCAGAAUUAUUACUGUUCUCAUUCACGCGUCAAAUCACUUUAAGAACCGCUCAUUUUUUCUGUCGUACCACUACACAGAUGUGCUCACUAAACCCACUUUCGUUUCUUAUUAUAGCUCAAAUGCAGAAGUGAAUGCGAGACAGGUUUUACACGCCAUUGAUCUGUUUGACUGUAAACGAGAGUCUUUAUUUUUUUACACUCUUCUUCAGCUCUCCUUUUCAGCAAGUUUGGCUUCUUGCAAUCAAUCACGACCAGCCUACAUUAGCAAGCAUGAAUGCCCCCUCAAUCCAUCGCCUAUUUUACAGCACAAUUCUACUCAGGGCCCUGAUGUGUGAAGCUCAUUACAACUCAUCUCAUGUGCCUGCCUUGUUGGCGUCAACUCUUGGCCCAAGAACACGCAACGAAGAUUUACCAGCCCGUGGUAUAUUUCCGCAUCAGUCAACCCAAGCUAGCACCCCUCGGCUUACUUCUGCCAUUAGAAGCACCUCUAAAGAAAACACUUUGGAGGAUUUGACGCCAAGCGGUGGCGCCACACCUGUGCGUGUGCUGGAUGGCAAUAAAUGCAUCCCAUUUUUGAUGAUAACAGGAGGCCUAAUCCUAGUCUGUGUCAUUCUGCUGCUGUCCACUCUAAUGCUGACCUGCAAAGUGUGCCAGAUGAGCAAACGCAUCAGGAUGCUGGAAAGCCACUCUGCAAAGCGGAUGCAAUCAGAUGGCAAAUACAAAAGUCACUCGAGGACGGAAGCCAAAGAGACCAGUGUGUUACUGACCAACUUGAGUAAAACACAAGAGGAAGUGGAGCUUAGUGGCUCCAAAAAGGAAGGUGUGGAGGUCUUUGAGAAUGGAGAAACGGAAGAGGGGAAGCACAAGGACUCGGAGGCUGCAGAGACAGCUAAAAGUGAAGAAGCUUCUGAUGUCACCCCAGUUGAUGAUUCAUCCUCUCUGAUGCAGCAAAAAAAUGUUGAUGCCAACGCUUGGGCUGCCCCUUCCCCUAAUGGCACAGAGGAACAAAAAGAUGUGGUUUAGCAUUCUGCGCGCGUGUUGGGGUCGCGGGGCUUUCUGUGUUAACCAUUUGUAUUUUUACAAAGUUUUGCAAAAUCGCUACAUGGGGAACAUGUUUAAAUUAGUGAAGAAUGUUCAUUUAUUCAAUUAAAUUGUGCUUUGGCAUAAGCUUGUGGUAUCUUGGUGGUAAUGAGUAUUGAUGUGAUUUAGAUAGUUUAGUUUGGACAAAAUUAGUGCUUUCACGCCAUCCUGCGGCAUCUUGAUGUGGAGGAAUUAUACUGAAAUGAGUUGAAGAUUUUCUUUUUGAGGUAAGUGGGUGCUUAAGUAUUUAAAAAAAAAAAAAAACUUUCAUUUAUUAACGAUUUUUCUUCAAGAGCGGCCUCGGCGUUGUCCUUCACUGGCCUCAACUGAAAGACAGCAGCUCACAGUAGUGCAGCUGUGCGAAUUGCCGCUGAUGCAGUGUAUGAGAAUCAUCUGCAAUCAAUCUAAAGCCUCUUUAUUUACACUUAGAGCAUAACAACACACGAUUGCUCAUUUUUCCCCAUUGAGGGAUGUUUUCUAAAGCAAUCUUAUUGAUUUAGGUGAUAACAGUCUAAUUUCAUUUGAACACGAGUAGACCACUCAAUUAAUCUAACUACCACAAGCGCAUUAAUUGUUAAAUGCAGGGGGAAAAUAUGUGAAUGCCGCCGGACCGAACAAGGAUUGAUGAGGAGUUCCCUUCAGAGGGGCCAGCCCCUCCAUUAUGUAUUCGGUUUUUCGCUCAUUCCUCUCCACCACUAAGCAGCUACAGCUUGAUCGUGCCCACCCAAAGGAUCCAUCUCCUGAGACGGGCAACAUCAAUGUGAGGACAAAAAGGGGCCCGUUGAAAACUUUCAAUAACACACAGUGGAAGGGUUCGCAUUCUGUUUGGAGCCAGCUGAUCUCGAGGUUGAAAGUGCAGCACAAAGGAGCCUUGAAAAGGAACUCGAGUGUUAGAAUGAGAAGGCGUGCGCUUCAGCUUCUGUCCCCUAAUGAGGCCCCUAUGGAGCUGCUGCUCGUCUUGUUGCUGGGGUUACAAUUCCUCGCCGCGUGCCCCGCCGCCUGCUCCUGUAACCGCAGCCACAGGGACGUGGACUGCUCACGGAGGGCCCUGCGAGAGCUGCCCGACGGCCUUCGGCUCGACCUGCGCUUCCUCAACAUGUCCCACAAUCGACUCCAGAACCUGGACGGCGCGCUGGCCUCUUACACGCACCUUCGCGUCCUCGAUGUGUCGCACAACCACCUGAGCCGCGUGCCCGAUCGCCUGCCUCGCUCCCUCUGGCAGCUCCACGCCGCCUCUAACCGGAUCCUCCGAUUGGACAAGAACGAUACGGUCCACCAGUGGAACCUGAGGGUGCUUGACCUCUCCAACAACAAUCUAGAGAGGACCGUUUUCAUAAACAACACACUGAUCAAUCUGUGUAUGCUCAACUUGAGCUACAAUAACCUCUGGACUUUUCCUACCAACAUGCCUGCACGUCUGGAGAUUAUCGACAUCUCGCACAAUUCACUUGUGAAGGUGCUGCCGGGCUCACUGGACAGACUUCCCAAUUUAUCCCUCUUCUAUCUCCACGCCAACCGCCUCUCCGAGCUUCCCUUCGGGGUCUUUGAACAGAUACCGUCGCUUCGGGUUCUCACUCUGGGUAACAACCCUUGGGCCUGCCACAAGGAGGCUGCCGUGACCUACCUCCUAUCCUGGUUACAGCGGAGUGCCGCUCUCAUCUUGGGCUGCCCCUGUCGCCCGCAACCUAUCUGCGGCGGGGGAAAGACAGGAUGGUGGAACUUGAGCACCUUCCAUCUUCCUGCCGUGAUGGCAAGCACACGGGGACUCCUCCCGGACUCCACGAAGGCAACAACCACAAUCGAUAGCCUUCCUGAUACUUCUACUUCUGCAGGCUCAACUCAAGACACGAGAGUCAUGACAAAAACUCCAAGGAGGAUAACCGAUAAGUUCCUCACCACCAUCCGAGUAAAGAAGCCAAGCGGUCUUCGGACUGAGAGCGUUAGGAGGAAGGUUCCCCCGUUUUCCGGUGGUGUGGACAACAUGGCUCAAUCUCUGGCUAAGUACUCCUCAACCUUUCUCCUGUUCAGCUUGAGCCUUCUGUCUCUCAUGCUGCCUUGAAGCCUCUGAAGCUUCUGAAGCUUGCUAGACACAACGCACCAUUUGAAAGCGUUUCUCCCAGAGUCGAUUAUUCAGACCUCCAGGGGGCCCUAUGCAAAAAUAUGCUGCAAACCGGACAGCGCUACUAGUCUAGACAAGUUACUACAAGUGACAGAAUGAUAACGUCACGCGAGUCGCGCGAGGCCUAACGCUAACUGCGUAGUGCGCGUAUUGGGCGCACCGGUACUGGUUACUCCCAUUUUAAAGAUAACCAAGGCAACACAUCACUAACGCGGUACCAAGACUGACCUGUAGGACGCAGUACGUUACCAGAGGGAAACCAGACUUUCCGAAAAUGGGAGGAAUAAGCGUAUUUUCCCUGCAAAAAAAUAUAUAUUACAAGUGUCUAUAUUAAUAGUUUAAACUGUGAACAGAGCACAAAUUGUAAUCUCAAAACGGUUUCAAAUCAUUAAAAAAAUGACACCGAUUAUUUGUUUUUAUGGUCAAAUUAAUACCUAUCCAAUUAGUACUGGCACGCAAUAAUGCUGUUUGUUAACAUGUUGCUGUUUUUCCUCUGAAAAACACCAGCACUGAUUUUCAAGUAAGUGCCUUGCAAUGAACAGGUUGAGGCACAUGGUGGCACUAUACAUUCAAGUACGUACGACUCUGCAGCUUGAAGGUGAACCCUUCACCAGAUUCUCUCACGUAUUAUCUGGAUGUAUUUAUUUUAACCUCAUUAUGGCAUUAACAACGUAGUCAAAUGCAACAGAGAACGUUACACCGAUCCAGCACUUUUCUUGAUGCAGUAACAAGUACCUUUUCCAAAACGUUGCGUUCUGUAUAUCUAUAUAUUUCUGUAUUUCUAUAUAUUCUAGUAUUCUGUUUAUCAAAAUAAAGUUAUG